CAAUGUCAGGCUCAAGUCUGUGGCAUCAAGUUGUUCUCACUAUUGCUGCCAAACGCAGAGGCGUGCAUAUUAUUACAGACGAGAUAUCUCGCAUUCCUGAGCUUAAGAAGUUUAAGAUCGGUCUAGCUCAUAUUUUGCUCAAACACACGUCUGCAAGUAUAUCUUUGAACGAGUGUUGGGAUUCAUCUGUUCGAACCGACAUGGAAAUGAUGCUCAAUCGAAUUGCUCCUGAGAAUGCCCCAUACAAGCAUACACUGGAAGGACCUGAUGAUAUGCCAGCUCAUGUGAAGACUGCUCUUGUUGGAGCAGAAGUCACUGUUCCUAUUACAGAUGGGAAACUGAAUUUAGGAACUUGGCAAGGUAUAUGGCUCUGUGAACAUCGAGACCAUGCAGGUCCACGAUCGAUCGUCGUUACUCUGCAAGGCACGUCAUAAACACACACCAGCGUGUACCGUGUUUGUAACUUGUAACUCAUCAUAAUGUUGCUAAAUGGAUAUCACCAGCACACAAAAAUCAUACAUAGUCUGUCGUUCAUAUACACGAAAGCAAGCAGCAUGACUAUGCUUAAAAUAAAAGAAUAUGAUGAUAUGAAAGCUGAGCACUGGACAAGCG